AGAGAGAGAGAGAGAAAGAGAGAGAGAGAUGGAGGGGGAGAAUGCAAACGAUCUGUACAGAGAGUGUUUAAGGAACCAUGCAGCCAGCCUCGGCAGCUACGCCACCGACGGCUGCGGGGAGUUCACUGUCGACGAAGGGUCUCCGGGGGGACUGCAAUGCGCGGCAUGCGGGUGCCACCGCAACUUCCACCGGAAGGUGACGUAUGUACCGGCCCAUCACCAUGCGAGGGGGGUGAGCUGCAGCAGCCGCGGCGGGCGAGACCCGGAGGCCACCGCCGAGAUGAUGGACUACAACGGCGGCGGCGGAGGCGGUGGUGGGGGGCGGCAGGUGAUGGUGGUGGAGUCGGGUGAUCAGGCGGAGAGGAGCUUCAGCAAGAAGAGGUUCAGGACAAAGUUUACGCCGGAUCAGAAGGAGAAGAUGCUGGCGUUCGCGGAGAAGCUGGGGUGGAAGCUUCAGAGGAAAGAUCUAGAGGAUGAGAUUGAGAGGUUCUGCAGAGGACUUGGGGUGAGCCGGCAGGUCUUCAAAGUGUGGAUGCACAACCACAAGAACUCUUCCUCCUCUUCUUCUGCAUCUACAGGGUUUGUGAUGGGCACACACAUCUCACAGGAAGUCGACCAUCCAAUUCCAGUGCAUGUAUAUACUGUAUGAAUCAAUGAAUAUCGUCAUCUAACUAGCUGUUUUUCUUGAUUUUUGUAUGACACAAAUAAACUUAAAACAAAUUCUAAUUUUCAUUAU